AUGGCCAGCAGCACGGCGGAGCGAGCGGACGAGGAGGCGUGCCGGGUGGCGCUGCUGGACGCCAGCGUGAAGGAGGAGUGGCAGGUGGUGGCUCAACACAACCACCACGGCGGCGGCGGCGGCGAGGGCGAGGGCGGCAAUAAGCAGCAGCUCGGGGCGCGGGUAUGGGAGGAGUCGAGGAAGCUGUGGGACAUCGUGGCGCCGGCCAUCUUCAGCCGCGUCGUCACCUACAGCAUGAACGUCAUCACGCAGGCCUUCGCGGGACACCUCGGCGACCUCGAGCUCGCCGCCAUCUCCAUCGCCAACACCGUCGUCGUCGGCUUCAACUUCGGCCUCAUGCUGGGCAUGGCGAGCGCGCUGGAGACGCUGUGCGGGCAGGCGUUCGGCGCCAAGAAGUUCCACAUGAUGGGCGUGUACAUGCAGCGCUCCUGGAUCGUGCUCUUCCUGUGCGCGGUGCUGCUGCUGCCCAUGUACUUCUUCGCGGAGGAGGUGCUGCUGCUGACGGGGCAGUCCCCGGAGCUGUCGGCGAUGGCCGGCCGGGUCUCCGUGUGGUUCAUCCCGCUCCACUUCUCCUUCGCCUUCCUCUUCCCGCUGCAGCGGUUCCUGCAGUGCCAGAUGAAGAACUUCGCCAACGCCGCCGCCUCCGCCGUCGCGCUCGCUGUCCACGUCUUCGUCAGCUGGCUCUUCGUCUCCAGGUUCCAGUUCGGGCUCGCCGGCAUCGCGCUCACGCUCAACUUCUCAUGGUGGGCCACCGGCGCCAUGCUCUUCGCCUACGUCUCCUGCGGCGGGUGCCCCGACACGUGGCACGGGUUCUCGCUCGAGGCCUUCGCCGGCAUGUGGGAGUUCGUCAAGCUUUCCUCCGCGUCCGGCGUCAUGCUAUGCUUAGAGAACUGGUACUACAGGAUACUCGUCUUGCUGACGGGAAACCUAAAAGAUGCAGCUAUUGCCGUCGACGCUCUCUCCAUAUGCAUGACAAUUAACGGGUGGGAGAUGAUGAUUCCAUUGGCGUUCUUUGCGGGCACCGGAGUGCGCGUGGCCAACGAGCUCGGCGCCGGCAACGGGAAGGGCGCCCGGUUCGCGACCAUCGUGUCGUCGAUCACGUCGCUGGUGAUCGGGCUCUUCUUCUGGGUGCUGAUCAUGGGCCUCCACGACAAGUUCGCGCUCAUCUUCACCUCCAGCUCCGUCGUCCUGGACGCCGUCGACAACCUCUCGGUUCUUCUCGCAUUCACCAUCCUCCUCAACAGCAUCCAGCCCGUCCUCUCAGGUGUGGCCGUUGGCUCCGGCUGGCAAUCUACGGUGGCCUACGUCAACAUCGGCUCCUACUACCUCAUCGGCAUCCCCUUGGGCAUCUUGCUCGGAUGGCUCUUCAACCUUGGCGUGCUGGGAAUCUGGGCGGGCAUGAUCGGCGGAACCGCCGUCCAGACGCUCAUCCUGGCCAUCAUGACAGUCCGCUGCGACUGGGAAAAGGAGGCCAUGAUCGCGAGCACGCGCAUGGACAAACUGUCGGAAGUUCGGUGA